AUGACACACGUACUGCAGGGACUCUCGACGCGACCGCCACUCAGCAGUCAGGAUACGUGGACGGCCAACGCUGCAUCGGAAACCUUGGAUGUGGACGGCGCAACAAAUUUAAAAUCUCAAGAUGAUGAGCACGCAGGAGAGUCACGAAGUCAAAGCACCACAGCUAUUCCAUCUGAUGACAGCGGCUCAGAAACGCAGUUGGUCGAAAAGCCAGGAAGCAGGAGAAAAAGUAUCCAAGUUGUGCUAGAGCAAUCAGGUAAAAAGGGCGAGUAUACCUUCACGGCAAAAGAUCCAGUUUUCCAAGAGGUUUUGCAGUCCGGGCUGCGGCGAGAGGCCGAGAAACUGAGCGGAAAACUCAAGGGCAAGCCAAGGGAUCUCGUCUUCACGCAACAGUUUACCACAUUCGACCGUCAAAAUGCUUCCGCUGCGCAUUCUCCAUUCCAUGGAUUUUUCACAUUAUUCUGGAUCGCGAUGGCUUUGUUGCUUGCGCGAAUAGCAGCAAAAAACUACAGGACCAAGGGCUCCGUAUUCGGGGAUGCGGAAAUUCUGCAUUUGAUGAUCGAUAAAGAUUUGUUUGUCAUGUUGACAACGGAUGUGGUAAUGUGUGUGGCGACCAGCUUCGGCUUCUUUCUGCACAAGGCCAUAGCCAAAGACUAUUUGACGUGGAACGGCUCAGGCUGGCUUAUACAGUCUCUGUGGCAAACAUUCUUCACAUGUACCAUUAUUUGGGUCACCUUCUGGCGAGAUUGGCCUUGGACCCACACUGUCUUCAUCGUUUUACACGUCUUCGUACUACUGAUGAAGCAGCACGCCUACUCUUUCUACAACGGUUACUUAUCACGGGUGCAUAGACGACGCAACCUGUUGCGCGAAAAGCUACAUCAGCUCGAUGACAUCAAAGCGAAAGAGGGCCCAAACCAAACGUCUUCUCCAGCUGAGGCGCUGACAGCCUCUGGUGUCAACAGCCCUGACCAAGGCGAGUUGACACAGCGAGGAAGUGUUGGCCCGAAAUACUCGACGAAUCUCUCAAAGGAAGAAUCGGAAAUUGCAUCUAUUGGGCAAGCUAUUGAAGCUGGAAGCCCGCUCGAUCCAGAACAAAUUGAAGCCUUCCGACGCGUGCUCAACACUGAGAUCACAAUCCUUGACGAGGAACUUCGCGGAAAGUGUACCACGACGGACAACGUCUAUCCAAACAACUUGACGUUCUAUAACUUCGCGGAGUGGACGUGUCUCCCAACGCUUGUCUACGAUCUAGAAUAUCCUCGCCAGGAGCGAAUAAAUUGGUGGUAUGUCGCCGAAAAGUCGGCUGCCACUCUGGGAGUCAUCUGGGUCAUGAUUGUCAUCUCGCAAGCAUACAUCUACCCUGUGGUCGUUGAGACUGUGCGGCACAGAGACGCUGGCAUGUCACUGGACGAGCGGUGGAAGGAGUUCCCGUGGGUUGUAUCCGAUAUGCUCUUCCCCCUCCUCAUCGAACAACUUCUCAGUUGGUACGUAAUAUGGGAAUGUCUACUCAACGUACUGGCAGAAGUCACUAGGUUUGCUGAUCGAGGUUUCUACGGCGCAUGGUGGAACUCCGUGUCUUUCGAUCAAUACGCUCGCGACUGGAACCGACCCGUUCACAACUUCCUGCUUCGACAUGUUUACCACUCUUCAAUCUCUUUCUUCCAUCUGUCCAAGAUGCAGGCAACGUUCUUUACCUUCCUGCUGAGCGCUAUCGUGCAUGAGGUCCUUAUGUUCUGUCUGUUCAAGAAGGUCAGAGGGUAUCUGUUUACAUUCCAGCUGACGCAACUACCAUUGGCGGCGUUUAGUAAGACGAAGUUUAUGAAGGGACGGGAUACGUUGGGGAACAUCAUCUUUUGGUUUGGUCUCUUCAUUGGACCCAGCGUCAUCACCAGCCUGUACCUAAUCGUUUAG